AGAUCACGUCAGUGUGUCCUCCAGUCGGGCAGGUAACACGGUGACUCUCCUGUCUGUGCUCACAGGUGACUCCCGGGCUGCGAAGAGGCGCUCUGCGGGACCAGAGGAAACACCAGAGGUUUCCCCUCACAGCUCGGGCAUUAAAUUCCAGUCACGUUCUGAGAAAAAGGGCAGGAAUUAGAUCACUACAGGUCCCAGAGAAGAACCCCGGUCCUCUCAGUUUGCCUCCACGCCUCCCACUCGACUUUCCAGUGUUGUCUUCUUGUGUGUUUCACCGCGGUAAUCUGUUCAAACUUGAGGGCAGCAUGACAGGAGGACUGAAGGACGGCGAAACACAGGAGGAGUUUCUGCACUCGCCGUUCAUCCGAAAACAAGGGAACAUUUACAAACCCAACAAUAAAGACAUGGACAACGACAGCCUGAACGAGAAGACGAUGGAGGAUGUCCACACCAAAGAGAUCGACCUGGUCAACCGGGACCCCAAGCACAUAAACGACGACGUUGUCAAGGUGGACUUUGAGGACGUCAUUGCCGAGCCUGCAGGGACCUACAGCUUCGACGGUGUAUGGAAAGCCAGCUUCACCACCUUCACCGUCACCAAGUACUGGUGCUACCGACUGCUGACGGCGCUGGUCGGCAUCCCCCUGGCGCUGAUCUGGGGUAUCUUCUUCGCCAUCCUGUCCUUCCUGCACAUCUGGGCUGUGGUGCCAUGUGUCAAGAGCUACCUGAUCGAGAUCCACUGCGUUAGUCGCGUCUACUCCAUCUGCGUGCACACCUUCUGCGACCCGCUGUUCGAGGCCAUGGGCAAGUGCUUCAGCAGCGUCCGAAUUCGCAUGACCAAGGAGGUGUAGAGACCAAAAAGAGGAGGAGGAGGAGGAGGAUUAAUGGAAAGAGGGGAGGGAGGAUGGGAGGGCUGGAGUGACACAGAUGGAGGGAAAAGUCAGAACAGAGAAGAAGAAAAAAAAAAAAAACCUCUGGACAACGAGAGGUGAGACGUUUCCAGAGCUGGGUGGGGGAUGUUUGGAGGUGAAGGGGCGUGGUCACACAGCACCUGGACCCGCACUUUUCCACCAACUGUUUUUUCUCACCAGUGUUGACGUAACCAAACGGGUGGGCACAGGAAAUCAAAGGGUUGUUCUUCUGGGUUUUUCUUGUUGUUUUGUUUGUGUUCCAUUGUUUUGUUUUGUUUUGUUGUUGUUGUUGUUGUCGUUUUGUUGUUUUUUUAAUUCCUCACUGUUAGUUUUGUCAAGCAGGCAUCCAAGCUCCAUAUCUGUUUUCUGUUAGUUUUGCCACAUGAUGUCAAGUCCCUCCAUUCUUACUGUUUCUGUGGAGAGUUUGUCACUUUGAGUUCAUCAUGUGAAGAGGGGAUGUCAGAGUGUAUCACUGUCUUCUCUUGCGCUUGUUUGUGUUUGUUUUGGAGCCUGUGGGCAGGGCACGGGAAUUGGGAGGGUCAAAGCAGAGAGAAAGAAAAGCCGCUGCUGAACUCUGUCUGACUCAGCAAAAACAAAACAACCCCUGCGAGCUGAACAGCACAGCACAGCACAGCCCCACCCUUGGCCCCACAUGACCUCCAACCCACCAAAAACAACCUCCCACCCCCCCUUCGCCCCGCUUUCCAGCAGUCUGACACACUGAACCUGCCCUCGUUCCUGCAUGCACCUGCGUCACCUUGCCAGCAACUCGCCGUCCACCACCGCCACGCCUGCCACACCACCUGAUGAUGCAGGAAUGAUUUGCAGCUCACUCGCUCUGUGCAUCAGCUUCUUACUUCGCCUCCACCUCAAGCAAAACCUUUCAGCGCAGGUUUCAUCACCAUCAUCCUCAUCCUUUCAUGAGUGUGUGACAGGGGAUGUUAGCAUUUGAUUUUGAUAAAACUGUUGUUUUGUUUUUAUUUACUUCAAGUUAGACCUUUCAUUUUUCAGUGAAGCUCAUUGCUUUUAAAUGCACAUCAUCUUGAUUCCCUAGUGAACGCCUUUUUUUUCUACACAGUGAAAAUGAAGAACUUUAGGGGUGCCAUUGUUUUGAUAUCUUAUAUGUACUGUAUGGCUGUUUAUGCAGAAAAUAAGACUUUACAAGUUACGGCCUCAUUCCAGUGCACUAAUCUAUGGGAAAGUAUUGUAAGUGAACAGCACUAAUGAAAAUCUCCAUUCUAUAUAUAACUCAUUUGCAAAGGUAGUGGAGUACUAACAGUUACUUUUGCGCACGUUGCACUUAGGACGUGCAGUUCCGAGCGUGUGUGUGGAGACGUUUCUGUCGCACUGUGGUACUUACGCAGGUUAAUGCAUUGGAAUAAAGACAAUGUGAGGUGGAAUGUGUGAUUCUGGAUGCAUUUUUAUUUGUUAUCUGGUCAUAAUUUUGCACCCUCCGCCCCCCUUUUUUUUUGUCUUCUUAAUUUUUGUUUUGUUUGUAUUUCCUCUGAUGAGUUUGUUCUGCUGCCCUGCUUCUCGACUGUGGACACAAUGCUGAAAAGCAUCAGACUGACGCCUCCCACCCCAGGGAUGGGUGGGGUUGGGGUGGGGUGGGGCGUUCUGUUUUAUAGAGACACUAAGCUCGCUUUGACUCCGUCACCUUCAGUCUACCUGCUGUCUUCUCACAGGGAUGGUAAUAUCAUAGCACCUGUUUUUUUGAAAUGAGUAUUUUAAGCUCAAAAGGUGAUAUUUUUAUAAAAAUGAUUUUUUUCCUUCCUUGCUUUUACUGUAUAAUAUAACGCUGUGCACAUUAAAAUUUAAUAUAAUCCAG